CCAUUGAACCCGCAUAUUUUUCGUUUACUGCAGUGCAGUUCUGGUGGCAUCAUAACAGCAGAGUGUUGCUCGCAUAAGGCGUCUGUGCGGUGAAUAGGGUAGCUGUGCCUUGCAAGCCACGAUGGCGAAAGUGUCCAAGAUUCACAACCAGCAACUAGAUGCCGCCGUCACUAAAUCUAAAGCAGCACUGGACCUUGAAGAAGUGGCUAGGCUCGAACUCGGUGAAACGCCUGAAAUCAAAGCAGAUGCCCUGGUACGGAUACGCCAACUGUUAGCAGAGGAGCCAUCGUUGAAGAUUCCUUCGAGUGAUGACUUUCUGGUAAUGUUUCUGCGAGCCAGAAAAUACAGAGUAGAAGAGGCCUCCCAAAUGGUGAAAAACUACUUCCGUGCGCGGCGAGAUGUACCGAAGUUCUUUCAUCAACUUGUCCCUCAGAAUGUUCCCUUCAGAACAAUUUGCCACGACCACAAACUCCUGAUGAUAUCGCCCGAACCAGGCGAGUAUGGCCGGUGCAUGGCAGUCUUCAAAGUAGGUGCCUGGAACCCUGACAUCUGCAGCCUUUUGGACUAUACCAGAGCAGGGCUUCUGUUGACCAACAGCUGGCUCCUUGAAGAUGUUCCUUCAAUAUGUGGGGUCGAGUGCGUCUUAGACUUGGAGGGAUUAAACAUCCUUCAUCUGACGCAGCUCACACCAGCGUACCUGAUGAAACUGGCUACCAUUACGCAGGAGUGCUGUCCCGUGCGGAUAAAGGCCGUCUACAUAGUAAACCACCCGAAGAUCUUUGAAGUCCUCUUUGCAGCGAUCAAGCCAUUCCUACGCAGCAAGCUGCUAAGCAGAGCUAAGCAGAAUGCCACAAUCACUAAAACUGAAGCACCGCUGGAUCUCAAAGAAGUGGCGAGGCUUGAACUCGGUGAAACACCUGAAACCAAAGCAGACUCAUUGUUACGGCUACGCCAACUGUUAGCAGGGGAGCCAUCAUUGAAGAUUCCUUCGAGCGAUAACUUUCUGGUAAUGUUUCUGCGAGCCCGAAAAUACCGAGUAGAAGAGGCCUUCGAAAUGGUGAAAAAAUACUUCCGCGCGCGGCGUGAUGUACCGGAGUUCUUUGAUGAACUUGUCCCCGAAAAUGUUCCCUUCAGAACAAUUUGCCACGACCACAAACUCCUGAUGAUAUCGCCUGAACCAGGCAUGUAUGGAAGGAGCAUCGGAGUCUUCAAAAUAGGUGCUUGGAACCCCGACAUCUGCAGCCUUUUGGACUACACCAGAGCAUGGCUUCUGUUGACGGGCAGCUGGCUCCUUGAAGAUGUUCCAUCAAUAUGCGGGGUCGAGAGCGUAAUGGACAUGAAGGGACUAAAUAUCCGCCAUCUGACGCAGUUCACACCAGCGUACCUGAUGAAAUUGGCUAACAUUACGCAGGACUGCUGGCCCGCACGGAUAAAGGCCGUCUACAUAAUAAACCACCCCAAGAUCUUCGAAGUCCUCUUUGCAGCGAUAAGGCCGCUCCUGCGCAGCAAGCUGCUAAACAGAGUCCACUUCGUUGGCGACGAAGCUUCUGGGUUUUGGGACCACUUUCCUGGCGACCUUGUACCAACGGAACUUGGCGGCAGGCGUGAGCACUUCGAUUAUGAUCGCCAAGAGAAGUUGGUGCGCAGCAGAACCGGCUUCUUCGAAAGCUUGUGUGCCUGCGGAUACAAAAAGAACAAAGCCUGAUGAGAGAGUGAUAAUUUAGUGCCAAACAUUCAACGGAGAUUCAAUCAUUCCCAUAAAUAUCCCUCAAGUAACCCGACAGGUUCAAUGCUCUGGCUGAAAAUCUGUUCACAGAAAACUGCGCCAGUGGGCCUCCGUCUCUUGCACCAGAUAAGAAGAUCGUGGAAUUACAUAACGCACUUACACCUUGAGAACAGUAUGGCUAAUUCACACAUGGCUUCUCAACACUUAUGUGUUUUGCAGAACUGCAUCCUUCUGAUUGUGUUAUCAUCAGUGUACCCGCACCAAUGCUCCUUCUCAUCUCAUUCUCACGAACCUUUUUUUUCUUUUUUCUUUCUUUGUUUUUGUGCCAUCCCUAAUAAGUGAGACGUGUAUGAAUGACUCAUGAAGAGAGCUUUGGUGUUUCGUCAAUAUACAUUGCAAAUGGCUAAUAUAUAUUACACGCGGUUUUUCAGCAAUCUUUACACAUAGUCAAAUGGAAGUCUUGCAUAUAACUUCAGACUAGCUAUUCAAAUUCAUGAUGAUGUCAAUCGUUAGUUUGACUUGUGAAACUUGCUAAUGUACACGAUCGAUGAUUUCUGCCAGGUCAGCUUACAGGCCGUUUAUUUCGUUUUUCGAACAAACAAAUUUUAAUGUGAGAAAUUUUAUCGAGGUAGAGGUAAUAAAUGCACUGAACUCAUUUAUAGACCAAACCAUUGCGAUAUUUGAAGAAAACAUGGACUUGCAAAUGUACCGCUCCGACAGCUCGCUUCAUUUUCACUAGUGCUACGGUUCGCUGUGUGCGGCGAUGAAUGGAGCGGAUGUCAAGCGCCUGAUAAACGGCGGGCCUCAUCGUCCCGCUCGUCAACGUGAAAAGACUUGUCCGUCGGGUGUGUGCGACGGCAUUAUGCACCAGUCAAAACCCUACUCUCCUCUAUCCUCCCUUCAUCACAUCUACGCCAGAGAAUGGUGUUUCUCUGUAUUCCUCUGUGGGGUUUGACCAGUGUGCUGACAGGGCCCUCUACCAGGAAGCAAGAGAGAAUGAGGUUGCCCGGGUGGUUUAGGGUAUAAGAAGGCCAGCGAGACUCCACGAACACGUCUUCUCUGCCCUUGAGUGCAGGAACAUGCACGCUGAACGUUUCUGUACUUCUUGUCUUAGAGUGCACCGCUCACCCGUAACGAUGUAUUAAACUUCUAUUAUUGUUUUUA